UAUGUGGCUUGUUCCUGUUGACGCACACAACGUCAGACUUACGAUAGAAACGAAAGUUGGAAAAGACAAUCGUCAGUUUUACCGUUGUUGUUGUUUAUAUUCACGGGCACGAAAUAUGGCCACAAAACUGACCAUAUCCUGUGGUCCGUGUGGAUACGAUGACGUCACGAAAAACGCAAAGAAAUGGUGUACCGAUUGUGAAGAGGGAUUUUGUGGAGAAUGUGAAAAAUACCACAAAUCUAUGAAAGUUUUGAGAGAUCAUAAGAUGAUUUCUAUUGAGGACUAUCGUCAAAUACAAGACAUUUCCGUAAAUAUGAACUGUGAGAUGCAUGGUAAAAAGCUAGAUUUAUACUGUAAGAAGCACGAUAUUGCAGUAUGUGUAGUCUGUAUUCCUUCGGAACAUAAAGCAUGUUCCUCUUCUGAUGUCAUCUCCAUUGAUGAAGCAUCAAAAAACGCUAAACAAUCAAGUGCACUCUUAGACUUAGAAGGAACUAUAUCAACAACUAUAGAAAACGUGAAACACUGUAUCAAAGACCGAGAAAUAGCUUUGGCAAAUGUGGACCAAGAUGAACAAACAAUACGUAAAACGAUUACAGACACACGGAAGAAUCUCAAUGAAUACUUGGAUAAACUCGAGAGAAAACUGCUGCUAGAUUUGAAAUCCAAACAUGAAAACUGUAAAUCUAAAAUGAUGAAAAUUCUUAAUCAAUUGAAGCAAAUGGAGAAAGAGGUAGAAAAACUGAAAGACCAGACACUUCAAAUGAAACGUUUUGCAUCUGACUUACAAGUGUUUCUUGGAACUCGACAAUUAUACCAGUCAGUUAGUAGACAGGUUGAAUGGCUCAAAGAAGAAAUAAGAGUUUGUUCGAAAAGCAAAAUUGAAAUAGAGAUACAUCACAUGAUCUGUUCCUUGAUGAAGGAGGUAAAACAGUAUGGAGAAAUCAAAGUUAUUGAAACCAUUACAAAUCUACAACUUAAAGAUGCAAAGAUAGACCAGGCUCAGAUACAGAUACAUGGAUUUUCCCAAAAUAUUCAUAAUGUCGAUAUGCAGCUGAAACAGAAGUUUGAUAUCAAAGGAUCAGAAAAACCAAUAACUGGCUGCAUUGUAUUACCGGACGACCGAAUUAUAAUUGCAGACUAUAAUGGAUGUGGAAAAUUAAUGGAAUACAAUAACAAUGGAAAACAUAUUCGUGACAUUCCUGUCUCUGAUAAACCGCAUAGUCUUACAAUAGUAGAUACCGACUGUAUAGCUGUUACAUAUGGAUCAUCUGAAUACCUGGAGAUUAUAAACACUAAGAAUUAUAGUGAAAGGAAGAAGGUGAAAUGUAAAAAAUACUGCUGGGGAAUAUCUUACCAGGAUCAGAAGCUGUAUGUUGUUGUAUUACAACAAGGCAUAGUGGUGAUGGACUUAAAUGGGAAGACAUUAGAUACAAUCGAAAUCGAUGUUCCAAUUGUGUAUAAUAUAACAACGACCAGAGACAAUAUAUACUAUACAGACCUGGGAAAUAAUACAGUACAUUGCUGUAGUAUGACAGGACAAGACAUCUUGGUAUUCAAGGAUCAGUCUAUUUCAAAUCCGAGAGGUAUAUCAGUGGAUCAUAAUCAGAACGUAUUUGUUGUUGGUCAAACCUCUAACAACUUGACAGUAAUACAACAUGACGGUAAAGACAGUAAGGUCAUACUUACUGAUCGUGAUGGACUUCAAUCUCCGUCUGCAGUGCAUUACAACAAGGAAAAGAAGAUUUUCUGUUUAGGCUUCAAGGGAGGAAGCGUUGCAUUGUACCAACUAUCGUAAAAAUAAAUCUGCAAAGUAGAAUAUAGUACUUUCCGUUUGUAAUGGAUUGCCUGACAUUAAAAUUAUGUUACAUCUUAACAUUAGCUAAAAGGACGAAUACAUAACAUAGGACAAAGUCAUUGAUUUGAUUAUUAAAUUCGAAAGAGUUGUAAAUAUGCUUGAAAUAUUUAUCUGUCACAUUAUGUUCAUACGCAUUACAAUAUUAAUGUAUG